CCAUGAAAUCUGAUCUGGUAGUCGCUAUGAUCACACCUCCAACAUUUGUUUCCUUUGGCGUAAAUUAUUUCUAAUCUAAAAUAGAUUUUAACGUGAACUUGUAUUUUUCUAUAUAAUUGGUGGCUUAAUUAAGUUACCACAUUAUAUCACCCCUUUAGCUUUAAACUAUAUUUUUUCAUUAUAAUUAAAAUUCUUAACUGUUAGCGCCGUUAGCUAGUUCAACCCAACAUGAAGGAGCAGCAUUUACUCGACAAUAUUGAUAGUCUUGUUUUUCAAUUUGCUGUUAAAACUCGAGAGGCUUCUCAAAAGAAGAAUGGAAUCCAAAAGCAAAUCAAAGAGUGCAGAACUCUCAUCACUGAGAAGAAGUCUUACAUUGAAGCAAUUCAAGGAUACAUCAAGAAUCUUGAAGAAGAAAUUCGAGUGAAGCAGAGCACUGUAACGAGCAAUAAAGAAAAAGCAAAAAGCAUGAAGGUGACCAACAGCCUGCUUCUUCAGUAUGAACAGACGCUAAAAACUGAAUUGGAAAAUAGAAAAAGCAGCUAUGACCAUGACCAGGAAGUCUACAAAGAGAGGUUUGCUAGCUACCUACAGACACUGCAGUCAUACAAAGAAACAUAUUUCCAAAAUCCCAUCGCUCAGAAGCUCCUCCUGCUGCAGGCUGAGAUAGGGGAAAUUGAGAGUCAAAUUAAACACUGUGAUGACUGCAUGAUGAUGAAAAAGAAAGAACUGGAACAUCUUACUGAUCCAGAUGCGACUUCUUAUUCCAUGGAAAAACUACCAGAUGGUGUUUUAGGCGAACACCACACAGCAGAAGAACAGUCCGAACAGACGAAGGAGGAUUGCUCCAUUGACAUGUCAUACAUUGAUCUCAACCAAGCAACUCGUGACCAUGAACCUGCUGCAGAAGUAAACACUGAGGAGAUGAGUGAGGAAAACGAACCGCAGGAUCCAACCAGCUGCUUCACUGCCUCUGACAAAUCAAAUGAAGACCUGUGGUCUCUGCAGCUGUCAGACGAGUCAGGUCCACCGGAAGAAAUGCACUCUGAGGCAGAGGAAGCAGAAAUGUCACAGGAGGAACAGGGACAUCAGAAGCUUGAAGCACAGAGUCAGAGGGAGGGAGAGACAGGAACAGAUCAACAGGUGCAGGUUCCCACUUUAUCAGAUCCAGAGGAGGUCCAGAAGGAUAACAUGCAGGAUGAAGCACCUGAUGCAGAGGACCAUCAGGAAGCCAAUAGUUUUCUUCAAACAUCUCAAGAAGCCAAUCUACAGGCUCUCUCUUCAACUGAAACAUCCGUGUUCUCAACUCCAACAUUUACAUUCAACUUCAGUCCCACCAGCUUUCAUCGUCAAGGCACUCCCGAUUCUAAAUCUUCAGCUUUUGCACUCAAUCUGAACUCCAAUGUUAGCAUACCAGGAUUUCCUGGAUUUGGAUUUGAUGUUGGACCUUCCCAGGAAGAAGAAUCCUCUUUUGCUUUUUCUGGCUCUUUUUUCAACGACAAGAAAGCCACAGAUGCUAAAUCUUCAAGCUCUACUGAGUUCCUGUUUGACCAACCAGAACAAAGUGAAGACUUCCAGUUUGACUUUACAAGCAACAGUCCUCAGUCAAGCAAGAAAAACCCCAAAGAUGAGUUUCCGUUUUCAUUCAACUUCUGAGAAAAGAAAAAACACACUACAGUACUUUGUGAACCGAGUUCCUGUUUAUUUCCUUAUGUUGUUGAGCUGGCAGUGAUUUAAGUUCCUGAAUUCAACUGUUUGAUAUAAAGGCGUAUUUGGGUUAAUCACACAGCAAUGUAUACAUAAUAGCGUCAUACUUGGAUAUAUAUGUACGUCAUUAAUAUAUACUUAAAACACAUCAGAAGUUUAUAUUUCUUUAUAGAUUCCUCUCUUUAAAGUACAGUAGUUGUAAAGUUUACAUGUUUUAAAUUGUAAUAAAGUAUCUGAUAAGUUCGGAAAAUUCUGUUAAUUUGAAUUAAUACUAGAUAUUUUUGCUUCAGUCACACAACCACACAAUAUACAUAAACAUGUAUAUAUAAAAAACAGAAAAUGAAUAUCUUAAGGGUCUCUUGAGUUACAGUCACAUUAGCCACACAAAAUAUUCAGAUAAAAAACACAAAAAGUUUAUAAAUUUCUUAAUUUUUAGAAAUGACAUGUUUAAACAUGAUCAGAAUUAUUUCUUUCACUGAAGGCUCCUGCUAAUAUGUCUUAUGGCUCAGAAUGUAAGCAUUUCCUAUAUGUGGAUUUAAAAGUAAGAGAUUUAUACUGCAGCAUCUACAUUCAUUUGUUGCAAUACAUGAUAUUCAAUGAAAGUUCUGUAAAACUUUG